UCCAAAGAAAACCCCAUUAUUUCACAGUUUCACACUGAAUGCUACUUACACCAGUCUGAAAUCCCAGCUCGAUAAACACUUGAUUUUUAUUUUCUCUCCCAUUCUUUUCCCUAGAAAGAAAAUAAAGAGAAAUCUCACACAAAAGGAAAAAAGAAGACAAACCCAGCUGGGUUUUCUUUGUCUCUCUCUGAGUCACCCAAAUAAGCAUAUAAUAAAGUGAGCAGAGAUACAGAGAAAGAAUAUUUACACCAAAAAGGCCAUUGCUUUGGGUGGUGGUGGUGGAGAGCUCAAGGCUUGAAAAAAAAAAAUACAUAAAGCUUAAAAUUUUCCAAAAUUUAUGUUUUUAUGGGUUUUUUGAGGCUUGUAAUGUGGAAUGUGGCUGUGCUGCUGCUCGUGUUGCUGGGUUCAUGGGUUGGUUCUGUGAGAGCUUCUGUUUCAUAUGAUUCCAAGGCCAUUGUGAUUAAUGGACAGAGAAAGAUCCUCAUUUCUGGAUCUAUUCACUACCCAAGAAGUUCCCCUGAGAUGUGGCCAGAUCUUAUUCAGAAAGCAAAGGAAGGAGGUCUGGAUGUGAUUCAGACUUAUGUUUUCUGGAAUGGGCAUGAACCUUCACCUGGCAAAUAUUAUUUUGAAGACAACUAUGAUUUGGUCAAGUUUAUCAAGCUGGUUCAGCAGGCAGGCCUAUAUGUUCAUCUCAGGAUUGGUCCUUAUGUUUGUGCUGAAUGGAACUUUGGGGGGUUUCCUGUUUGGCUGAAGUACAUUCCUGGUAUCCAAUUCAGAACAGAUAAUGGUCCCUUCAAGAAUCAAAUGCAAAGAUUCACAACCAAGAUUGUAAAUAUGAUGAAAGCAGAAAGGUUGUUCCAGACUCAAGGUGGUCCUAUAAUUAUGUCCCAGAUUGAAAAUGAGUAUGGACCGAUGGAGUAUGAACUCGGUGCACCCGGUAAACAGUACACUGACUGGGCAGCUCAGAUGGCUUUGGGGCUCGGCACGGGUGUCCCAUGGGUGAUGUGCAAACAAGAUGAUGCCCCUGAUCCUAUUAUUAAUGCCUGCAAUGGCUUCUACUGUGACUACUUCUCUCCGAACAAGGCAUAUAAACCAAAGAUGUGGACAGAAGCCUGGACUGGCUGGUAUACUGAGUUUGGAGGUGCAGUUCCUUACCGACCGGCUGAGGAUUUAGCUUUCUCAGUUGCGAGGUUUAUUCAGAAGGGUGGAUCAUUCAUUAAUUAUUAUAUGUACCACGGAGGAACAAAUUUUGGCCGAACUGCUGGAGGUCCUUUCAUUGCUACUAGUUAUGAUUAUGAUGCUCCUCUUGAUGAAUACGGUCUAUUGAGGCAACCUAAAUGGGGCCAUCUGAAAGAUCUGCACAGAGCAAUAAAACUGUGUGAACCAGCUCUAGUUUCUGCGGAUCCCACUGUACAAUCACUUGGCAGAUUUCAAGAGGCUCAUGUUUUCAAAUCAAAUUCUGGAGCUUGUUCUGCAUUUCUUGCAAAUUACAACCCAAGAUCAUUUGCGAAAGUGGCAUUUGGAAAUAUGCAUUACAACCUACCUCCUUGGUCUAUUAGCAUUCUUCCCGACUGCAAGAACACUGUUUAUAAUACCGCAAGAGUUGGUGCGCAGAGUGCACUAAUGAAGAUGCCUCGUGUUCCUCUUCACGGAGGAUUCUCUUGGCAGUCGUACCCUGAUGAGGCUGCCUCUUACGGUGACACUACAUUUACCACAGCCGGGUUGUUGGAGCAGAUAAAUACCACUAGAGAUUCCUCUGAUUAUCUGUGGUACAUAACAGAUGUUAAUAUCGAUCCCAAUGAGGAAUUUUUGAGAAGCGGAAAGUAUCCUGAACUCACUGUCUUAUCAGCUGGCCAUGCUUUGCGUGUUUUCAUCAAUGGUCAACUUGCAGGAACUUCUUACGGAAGUCUAGAAUUCCCAAAACUAACAUUUAGUCAAGGUGUGAAUUUGAGAGCUGGUAUCAACCAGAUUGCACUUCUAAGCAUUGCUGUUGGCCUCCCGAAUGUUGGUCCACAUUUUGAGACUUGGAAUGCUGGUGUUCUUGGCCCAGUCAUAUUAAAUGGUCUGAAUGAGGGAAGGAGGGACUUGUCAUGGCAGAAAUGGUCUUACAAGGUUGGGCUUAAAGGAGAAGCCCUGAGUCUUCAUUCGCUCAGUGGGAGUUCCUCAGUCGAGUGGAUUCAGGGGUCAUAUGUCACAAGAAAGCAGCCUCUGACAUGGUUCAAAACAACCUUCAAUGAACCAGCUGGAAAUUCACCAUUGGCUCUAGAUAUGAUCAGCAUGGGCAAAGGUCAAGUAUGGAUAAAUGGCAGAAGUAUUGGCCGCUACUGGCCUGCAUAUACAGCAUCUGGUAAUUGUGGCGCCUGUAACUAUGCUGGGACGUACAAUGAGAAAAAAUGCUUAAGUAACUGUGGACAGGCUUCCCAGAGAUGGUAUCAUGUUCCUCGGUCGUGGCUAAACCCAACAGGCAAUUUGUUGGUUGUAUUAGAAGAGUGGGGAGGAGAUCCGAAUGGGAUAUUUUUGGUGAGAAGGGAAGUAGAUAGCAUAUGUGCUGAUAUUUAUGAGUGGCAACCAAAUCUUAUGAGUUAUCAAAUGCAAGCCUCAGGCAAGGUGAAGAAACCGGUAAGGCCUAAAGCCCAUUUGUCAUGUGGCCCUGGACAGAAAAUAUCAUCAAUAAAGUUUGCUAGUUUUGGAACGCCGGAAGGCGCUUGUGGAAGCUUCCGUGAGGGAGCCUGUCAUGCCCACAACUCGUAUGACGCUUUUCAAAGGAGUUGUAUCGGACAGAACUCAUGCUCGGUAACUGUAGCACCUGAGAAUUUCGGAGGCGAUCCAUGUCCAAGUGUAAUGAAGAAACUCUCCGUGGAGGCCAUUUGCAGCUAAUGAUUCUCAAUCUCUCAAGUAAACUGAUGAAGGUCCGAUAUUGAUUUAUUUACACACACCAAUUAAGCAAUUUCAAUUACUUAUAUCUGGCUAAGUUAAAAAAGGUCAGUGCAACCCCAUUCGGUCAAUUCAUUUUUCGGCUUUUCCAAGGUGAAGUUGUAGAAACAUACAACACACCACUUGGUUGAAAGCCUAUACAGUUUGCGAUUGAUUGUGGAGAAGCUGUAAGUAUAUACUGUCCUCCGUUUUGAUCCACCCUGCUUGCUACGAGAAAUGUGGAAUCAACGAGGGGAUCGGAAGCACAUCGAGAUGAUGCUAAUCGAGUCCGUGUGCAAAUGUAGUUAGCAGUAUGGAAGCAUCCGGUUUCCAAGUAAUUUAAAUAUUUCAAUUGUUAUGUAACUUGGUAAGCAAUUAUUUCAUUGCUUUGUCGUUGUAAGAAAGUUCCCACUGGUAAUAAUAUGUAGUACUUAUUUCAUC